CAUGAGAGACAACAGAGAGAACAUGGAAAGAGAAUUGUUAGAAAGAGAAAGAGAAAGAGACGAGACACUGAGCGAUGGGUUUUUUGGUGGAAUAACUUUUAGUGUUUUAGUUGAAGAAGUGAAGCAAUUGGGUUACAUAACAGGACCAAUGGUGGCUGUGAAUUUGUCUCUCUACUUUUUGCAAAUAAUUUCCAUUAUGAUGGUUGGUCAUCUGGGCACGCUCUCUCUCUCUAGCACUGCCAUUGCCAUCUCCUUUUGUGCUGUCUGUGGCUUCAGUCUCCUUUUUGGAAUGGCCAGUGCACUGGAAACACUUUGUGGGCAAGCAUAUGGAGCAAAUCAAUAUAGAAAAGUUGGAAUCCAAACGAGCACUGCUAUUUUCUGCUUAAGCUUAGCUUGUAUCCUUUUGUCUAUAAUUCUGAUCUACACGGAAAAAAUCCUCAUAUUCAUGGGCCAAGACCCUCUAAUCUCACAAGAAGCCGGUAAAUUCGCGAUCUGGCUCAUUCCGGCCCUCUUUGCUUAUGGAACACUUCAACCACUGGUUAAGUAUUUUCAGACACAAAGCCUUAUCAUUCCCUUGCUAGUGAGCGCUUGUGCUUCUAUUUGUUGCCAUGUACCUCUCUGCUGGCUCUUAGUAUUUAAGUCUGGACUAGGACAUCUUGGAGCAGCAUUAUCCAUUGGUAUUUCUUAUUGGUUGAAUGUUAUUUUACUUGUGUUAUACAUGAAAUGUUCCCCUGAUUGUGAAAAUACCCGGAUUUCAAUUUCUCUGGAGCUAUUUCAAGGAUUGAGAGAGUUCUUGCGGUUUGCCAUUCCUUCUGCUGUGAUGGUUUGCCUUGAAUGGUGGUCAUUUGAGUUGCUUAUUUUGCUGUCCGGUUUUCUACCGAAUGCGGAGCUUGAGACUUCAGUCUUAUCUGUAUGCUUGUCAACCAUAACAACACUCUAUACAAUACCGGAAGGACUUGGCGCAGCUGGAAGCACCAGAGUUUCGAACUCAUUAGGCGCUGGUAACCCCCGAGCAGCACGUUUUUCUGUUGGCGUCGUCAUUUUUCUUGUAGCCUUAGAGGCAGUUAUUGUGAGCUCAAUUCUCUUUAUAAGCCGAAAUUCUUUCGGUUACAUCUUCAGCGACGAGAGUGAAGUUGUGAAUUACGUGUCCAACAUGGCUCCUUUGGUUUGUAUUUCGGUUAUACUUGACAGUCUGCCUGGUGUCCUUUCAGGCAUUGCAAGGGGAUGUGGUUGGCAAGACUUAGGGGCUAUUGUCAACCUUGGCGCAUACUAUUUCUUCGGACUUCCUGUCGGCGCCUUGCUGGCCUUCUGGUUAGACUUGAGAGGGAAGGGACUUUGGAUUGGAAUUUUAACUGGUGCUUUUGUACAAGCAUUUCUGCUUUCUGUCAUAACAAUUUUUACCAACUGGGAAAAGAAGGCAAUAAUGGCAAGGGAGAGGAUAUUUGAGGGAAGACAUUUAGGAGAUAAUGGAUUGACUGAGAAGAGAACUCUUCUAUGCUGAGCUUCUUGUAUUUCAUUUGGAGCUAGGAAGUAAUUUUGCAUCUAACCACUAAAGAAUAGUGACUUUUUCCAUCUCUUUUUUCCGCAACAUUUUCUAUUUCUUGAUGUAUUCAACCAAAAAACUGCUAGGAAUACCAACUCUAAUCCCAACUUUGUGUACGAACUUUGAGUUAUCAUUUUCUAUUGAUAAAAAUUAUUGCAUC